GUCUAUAUAUAAGUAGUUACCAGAUUCUAUUGUUCAGUUGGGGUUUGACAACAGAGCUGAUUGACGAGUCUAUUUUUCGUUUAGCGGCUGAAUUCGAUUGUUUUAUUAUUGUAAAAAUUUAUUUUUGAACAGAAUUCACGAUAACAAGAAAAUUGUUUCAGGUGAACGAUGAAUUUCAUUUCAUUUGUGGGUCUUCUGCUCUUCGCGGCCAUCUUGAAUGAGGUAAAAUCAGCACCUAGCUCACCAGGAAGUGCUAGUUCCUCAACUGAGACGUCCCCUGAUCCCGGGAAGGCACUACCCCCUAUCGAAGUUGAUUUAUUCGAUGUUAUGGACUUGGACAGAGAUGGAGUAGCAACCGAAGCGGAUUACGAAAGAUGUGAAGAAGGGACUGUUCUAAACGGAUACACAGAUGAGCAAAAACGUGGAAUAAAAAAUGCAAUAGAAAAAGGGGGAAGAAGAGAGAACUUUGAUAAACUCAAUUUGAAAAAAAUAGAUGUGCGCGGGUUCAAUAGAAGUCAGUAUUCACUCAGUGUUGCAGACAUCAUAAACAAUCUCAACGUCGGCCCGAUGCAAGCUUCAAGAAUUCUGGGCAAUCAAUCUCACAACACGCAUGAAGCGGUUGCGGACAUCCUCAGGGAUUCAAACGUAGUGAUCAUUCGUAAAUAGAAAGUUGGUCACUUAUCAAAGUUUCUUAUAUUUUGAUUCAAUUGAAAGUUAAUGUUUUUUUCAAAUAACAAACACUGUCAACUUAUUACAGAUUCAUGUUAACAGAAAAUUAAAAAAGAAUUAAAUAUUUUCAUGACUUA